GAUAUAUACUAAGGUUAUAAAAGCAACAAGAACCACCCAACCAACAUUAAUUUUUAUUCUUUUACAGAUUGAAUAUAGCUCCCUCUCUGCUUCUUACUCACACACAAUAUUUUUAGUUUUUACAUAUAUAUAUUUAUAUGCCCCUGUGUGAUUUCAAUAGCUGUAUCAAAUUAUCAACCUUCUCUCUUUGUAAACACGAAACCUCUCUCUCUCUCUCUUUCUAGUAUCAUGUCGAAGAAACGAAUUGGAAUGGUCGAGAAAAGUAACAACAAGAGACAACGAGUGAACCUUGUUCCCGAGUUCUCCAUCAACGACCACCAUGACGUGCUGGUAGAGAUCCUCCGGCGACUAGACGGCCCUUCUCUAUGCUCAGCCGCUUGCGUGUGCCGGCUUUGGUCGGCCGUGGCUCGCAACGACUCAAUAUGGGAAGAGCUCUGUUUCCGACAAGUGUCCCCACGACCUUCACUUUCCAUACGCUCCGUUGUAUCGGCUCUCGGUGGCUACCGACGUCUCUACUUCCUCUGCAUCCGUCCCUUCCUCGCACGACUCCCUAAGAUUCUCUGGAGCCAAGACCAGCUUCAGCUCUCACUCUCUCUUUACUGUGUCCACUAUUACGAGCGCAUUUACGUCGGCGCCGCGCCACCUUCUUCGCUCAUGUUCCUUCGAAUGCCCGUCAACGUCGUCUGAUUAGACUUUUACCGGAACGGCCUAUAGUAAACUAUUAGUUCCUAAUAAGUGUGUAUUAUUCUUUAUCGUAUAUUAUUAUUUGCUACGAUUUUUUUUUUAUUUGCUACGAUUUGUUACGGUGUUCCAUUUUUUCUUGUCAACACUAAGUUUCAUCUUUCAUUAUAAGAUUUAUAUUAAUAAACGUGAGAUCUUUUUUUCUUCA